CUUCAUUUUCAGGUAGGCUAUUACCUAGAUGAAAAAAACAACUGGGCACUGAGUAUUGAAGAACUGGAACGAGCUUACCAGGAAUCACUGGAGAAAUACAAUACUCGGGUGCUCUGCAUUAUCAAUCCAGGCAAUCCGACCGGGCAAGUUCUGUCAAAAAAGAACAUCGAAAAAAUUAUCAAAUUUGCAUACGAAAACAGGCUUUUUAUAAUAGCCGAUGAAGUCUAUCAGGACAAUGUUUACGCAGAAGGCGCCAAAUUUUACAGCUUCAAAUCAGUGAUCACAUCGCUUGGCGAGCCGUACUCGAACAUGGAAUUAUGCUCGUUUCAUUCGUGCUCGAAAGGGUACAUGGGUGAAUGUGGUUUGAGAGGCGGGUACGUGGAGGUGAUGAAUAUGCAUCCGGUUGUUUUUGCGCAUUUCAAGAAAAUGAUUUCUGCAAAACUUUGCCCAACCGUCCUUGGACAGGUUGUUAUGGAUUGUGUAGCGAAUCCACCGAAACCUGGUGAACCUUCAUACGAGCUAUGGAUAAAAGAGAAGACAUCAAUAUUGCAAUCGUUGAAAGAACGUGCGAAACUUGUAUGUGAAGAGUACAAUGCAAUUGAGGGGUUAACAUGCAAUCCAGUGCAAGGUGCCAUGUAUGCAUUCCCACAAAUCAAAAUGCCUAAAAAAGCAAUUGACAGAGCAAAGGUUGGUGGCAAACAUAUAAUUUUUCGACUCGUUCCUCAACAAAAUUUACUCCCAAAAUCGUAUUUUUCUAAUUUUUGUUUCAAAUUAAUGUUAGAAUGA